UCCCUUGCCGCUGAGAAGGAAUCUUGUAAUUUAAUAUUGUAUCAGAAAAAUGGGGACUCGACAUUACCCUCGAGGAUGCAUGAAUAUCCGAUCCAGUCCAAGAGACGCAGUUUGGUAAAUACAAAGGAAAGCUAAGUGUAUAUACGUAGUUGUCACCAAGAAGACCGAACAUUGUUGUUAGCCUCCAUAAAUUUAAGGUGAUUUGCCCAUCGAGAAACAUCAAGAGUUUCAUCCGACACACUCGAUGGCUGUGGUGCAAGGCAAAUGGGUCAAGCUUAACCAGAAAGGAACGGGGCUUGGAGCCAGGAGUUCACAUGCCAUAACCCUAGUAGGACACGAGGCCUAUGCUUUUGGCGGCGAGUUUGCACCUCGUGUCCCUGUUGACAACAAACUUCAUGUCUUUAAUCUCCAGACUCUAACUUGGUCCGUGGCUGAUGGAACCGGAGAUAUCCCUCCACCACGUGUUGGAGUCACAAUGGCCACCGUUGGCAAAACCAUCUAUGUGUUUGGUGGCAGGGAUGCCACACAUAAGGAGCUCAAUGAGCUUUAUUCUUUUGACACCUCUACUAAUCAGUGGACUCUACUAUCAAAUGGUGAUGCUGGGCCCCCUCACCGGAGCUACCAUUCAACUGCAUCCGAUGACAGACAUGUGUACAUCUUUGGUGGCUGUGGUGUCGCUGGCCGGCUUAAUGAUCUGUGGGAGUAUGAUGUGAUUGAACAGAAGUGGGUCAAGUAUCCCACACCAGGUGACAAUUGCAAGGGCAGAGGUGGGACUGGGCUUGCUGUGGCUCAGGGAAAGAUAUGGGUUGUUUAUGGUUUUUCCGGGGUGGAGAUGAAUGAUGUGCAUUGCUUUGAUCCGAUCCAGGGAACCUGGACUCAAGUCGACACGAGCGGGGAAAAACCAUCGGCUCGAAGUGUGUUUUCUACGGUCGGGAUUGGGAAAUACAUAAUCAUAUCUGGUGGAGAAGUAGACCCUAGUGACUUGGGCCACCUUGGUGCUGGAAAAUUUGCAAGUGAGGCUUACGCAUUGGACACUGAUACUCUAAUCUGGAAGAGGUUGAAUGAUGGGCUGGGUUCCGAUGAUCAUCCGGGGCCUCGCGGUUGGUGUGCUUUUGCUGGUGGUUGCCUAAAUGGCAACCAGGGGCUCUUGGUGUGCGGCGGAAACUCCCCUAGUAAUGACCGGCUUGAUGACAUUUUCUUUUUCACUCCUUGUGUGGAUGCAAUUGGAAGUUGAUGUCUGGGAAUGAUCAUGUGUUAAUGUGUGCUGUUUCUAUGGAAUGAGUAUUGAUUUCCUAUGGUGGUAAACGAGAGAAAUGAUCUUUGAAACUGCAUAAGGUUUCCUGUGUAUAUUUUGAUAAUGUUAUGUUGAGUUUGUUAACCAGUAGAGAUGCAUCAAUCGAUCAUGUACAUCAACGUUUGAUCUGCAAAAUACUGUCAGCUCCUUUGGUACAUAGGCAGGUAUGUAUUGUCAAUUUAAUCUGUCUUUUUAGUUGUUUCAGGUGCAUGUUUAAUGAUAUGGUUAUCCUUUGAGUA